UCUUUGCAAGAGCAGGAGCUCGCGGGAGAGGCUCUUGGCUGAGUCCGGCUUCUCUGGCGCAGAUCUGGACUGCCAAGCCAUGGGCAGGGCUUGCUCUGUAGCUGAGCUCACCGAUGGGAACCCGUGAUGCCAGUAUAAACCCAGGCAGGCAGGGGCAGGGAGUGGGGAGCAGCGCAGCCUCUCUGGCCAUGCCUCUGCACCUCUAGGGAGAAGAAGAGCGCUGGGGGGGUUGUGUGUCCGCCUUCGCUUCCAGUCCUGCUGCUGCCUGGUUGGGGUGGCGGGCAUGGGCUGCUGGGAUUACUUCUGGGAGUUUUGGGACUAUGAGACCCCCAAAGUGAUUGUGGUGAAGAACCGGACCCUGGGGGUCAUCUACAGACUGGUCCAACUCCUGAUCCUGGUCUAUUUCAUUUGGUACGUGUUCAUCAUCCAGAAGGGCUACCAGGAGAGCGAGUCGGGCCCAGAGAGCUCGGUCAUCACCAAGGUCAAGGGUGUCACCCGCUCGGAGCACAAGGUCUGGGAUGUGGAAGAAUAUGUGAAGCCCCCGGAGGGAGGCAGCGUGUUCAGCAUCAUCACCCGCGUCCAGGUCACCCCCUCGCAGACUCAGAAGACCUGCCCAGAGACCACAAGGGUGGAGAACGCUUUGUGCAGCUCCGACCACAAUUGUGCCCAGGGCAAGAUGGACAUGUUGGGGAACGGAGAAAAGACAGGGCGUUGUGUUGCCUAUAACCUCACCGAUAAAACCUGUGAGAUCAUGGCCUGGUGUCCUGUGGAAAAUGGAACGGCGGUCAGCGAGAAAUUGGGGAAGAUGGCGCCAGAGUUUACCAUCCUGAUCAAGAACAACAUCCAUUUCCCUCGCUUCCGCUUUUCCAAGGGCAACAUCAAGGACAGUAAGGAUGGCUACCUGCGGAAUUGUACCUUCAAUGAGACCACCGAUCUUUACUGCCCCAUCUUCAAGCUGGGCUUCAUCGUGGAGCAGGCAGGAGAGAAUUUCACUGAGCUGGCUGAAAAGGGCGGCGUGAUCGGAGUGAUCAUCAACUGGAACUGUAACCUAGACCUGCCAGACUCCGACUGCAACCCUCGGUAUUCCUUCCGGAGGCUGGACCCCAAGUGGGCUCAGGCCUCCUCUGGCUACAAUUACAGGUUUGCCAAGUACUACAAGUGCAAGGGGAAGAGCACACGGACCUUGUUCAAGGCCUAUGGGAUCCGCAUUGACGUGAUCGUGCAUGGCCAGGCUGGGAAAUUCAGCCUCAUCCCCACCAUCAUCAACUUGGCGACUGCCCUGACUUCGGUGGGAGUGGGUUCCUUCCUCUGUGACUGGAUCUUACUGACCUUCAUGAACAAGAACGAGGUGUACAGCACCCGGAAGUUUGACCAGAUGUCCAAGCGUCCAGAGGGGACGCCAGUGACGGAAUUCAGCACCAAUGACUCAGGCACGCAGGCCUCCUCACCGGAAGAUUCCAAAGUCCCCGUCCGCCUCUGAGGUUCCACGCCAGCUCAUGCAUCUGAUGAAGUCACCUCUUCCCCGUGGAACUCCGCGCCACAAUAAAAAUAAGUUAGUCUUUAA